GCCACAAGAAAUUAGGCAGCAACACUUUGUAAUUAGCCUACCACCUAUGGAAGAAUAGAUAGGAAUUGGAGCUAAGAGAACUUUAUAUGCCUAUUAAGAGGGAACACUUUUGGGGACUUCCAAUUUCCCUGAAAGUGAAGAUCUUUGGGUGGAAAUGGAUUCUUAAUAUUUUGUCCAAUGGAACGAACACAUUGGCUAGAACCCAAAAGGGGUGCGAUGAAUACCAAUUAUGCGUACAGAAGGAAACCCAAAGACAUCUUUUUCAGGAAUGUGGAUGUGUUCGUAGAGUUUGGCGACCUAGUUCACUCAAUCGUCUAUUUGAGAACACACACUUACCUGUGAAGAAUGGAUGGUGGCCUUGGAAGAAUCAGAGAUAGAUGAGUCCAUUGGCCAAUUUCUGGUAGCUUUGUGAUUUAUCUGAGACAUCAUGCCACCUCACUUUCUCCUUCUACUGCAUCAUCAUGCCGACCACCGUCCUGCUCCCAGAGUUCCACAUUCCGAAGUGGGCAUCCGUCUACCUCCCCACAAUCGUCACCUUGCUCCAUGUCGUCGGGACUCCCACCAAGUCGAUCCACCUGGUGGGGUUCUGGGCUCUGUUCGAGAACGUCAUGUCCCUGCAACGGACCAAGGCGAUGCUCAUGGGGUUGCUAGAGUUUGGGAGGGUGAAUGAGUGGGUCGUCACUGCGAUGCUCUCAGGAUCGACGUCGCUAAUGCGAAAAUGCAGAACCUGCAUCAACCUGCCAAACCUAAGAAGAAACCACGUCUUGAUACCAUAAUACUAGAGCAUGGAAAGGAGUGGUAAACCUCUGCUUUGAGGAAUGAAUAAUCAUCAAUGGACAUUUUUAUUGAUGGCUUAAAACGAACACUCUGGACGCAGCUGGCCGCCACAACCAGUACCAUAAAAAGCAUAUCAUCCC